GCGGCCUAGUCGAUGAAGGGGGGAACGGAGUGGUGAGGUGGACGUGUAAGCCCAUCUGAAGACCCUGUCCGUGUACCCAGUAGUAGGUACUGGUCAUUCGGGUUAGUAGGCGGGGCCGGUGCGCUGUUUAUCGGACUGAGCCUAGCUAUGGCGUUGCAUGGGUAUAGACCUGGAUACUGGUACCACCAGGCCCGGUGGAGACCCAUGUCUGGGGAAGGGCCCUGGAUCACAGUCAUGCUAAACUACGAUGGGGGAGAUGAAGUGAAGAUGAAGAUGAACGUGGAAGGGGCAAAAGAAGUGGAGAUGCAGACGAACGGAAAACUGCAGGAUGCAAUAACGGAGGCAAAAGACCGUGCGGAGAGGCGCUGCAGGAGGGACGGAGUGACUGCAAGGUUGCAGGUAACGGUCUCGUAUCAUGAGACUGAGACCUCAAUGGACACAGCGGACCUGGAACAGGCCCACGUGGACAGGGACUCAGGCGGUGAGAGUGAAAUGAGCGAAUCGGGAGAUUGGGAGACAGAUGUCAGGACAUCGCCCGAUCGAGCUCUGAGGGAUCUGAAGGAACGAAUUAGGCGAGAAGCACCGCUGAGAUGGGUUGACCAAACCAAUGACGGAGGGUCCGACGUAAGGGGCGAACCAGUUGCGACAGAGCCGCAGGAGGCUCUAAAGACGAGUACCUCGAGCGGACGACGAGAAGCGACGAGGCGACGCUCCCCCGAGUACGAGCGGAGGGACACCAUAGCGGGCAGGCACAGAGACGACUGGAGAGAGAGUUCGAGGGAUUCCUAUUGGAGAGACAGAGAUAGAGACAAUGCGCCGCCCAGGCGAGUUUUCGACCCCCAGACAGGGGAGUCACAUCCGCUCCCUUACGAGAGCAAGGAUCGUUAUAUUAUUACGCACAAGGCCUCAGAGCCUCCUACCUUCAGGGGCUAUGGUAUCACAGAAUAUCUGGAGAAGUGGGAGCUUCACGCCAGCCGGAGUCAGUGGUCGGAGGAAGAAAUUAUAGAGAACUUCCUAUUUAAUAUGGACCCAAGUCUCGAUAGGGAAGUUAAGGAAGCUCGACCGAAAGAUGGAAAAUGGACUACGUACAAGAAGAACCUCGUUGAGCUUUACAAAUUGGAGGAUAACAAGUAUUUCAUCAAGGACCUUGAAACAAUGACUCAARAUGAAGAUGAGAGCGUACGGGCAUUUGGGAUGCGUUUCCAGAAGAUCUCCGACGUGCUGAUGAAGAAGGGGAAGAUCUCAGAGGUCGAGCGCUGUACUAUCUUCAUCGGACACUUGUCCAAAGAAGUCCUAAAGCUCGCGAUAAAGGCAGAGGCAGACGAUUACAAGGACUUGGUGUGGAAAGGGAUGAAGAGACGUGACUUCUCUCUCUACAAGGAGUAUGUCACGGAUAGAUGUCCUGAUUUCAAGGACUAUCCCUGGUCGGAGAAGAAUGAGGCCGUGGCUGAGGAAGUGAAGGAGAUACGGGACAUGGUGAAGGGAUUGACGAAACAGAGGUCGGGUCGAGAUGGCUACAGAGGUGGUCGGUAUGAAAGAGAAGAUCGGAACUGGGAACGACGAGAUGGGUCGCGCGGACGAGAAGACCGCCGCAACGAUUCGCGCGGUCGGAAUGAGAGAGGGGGAUAUGGCGUCUCAUCAGAACCAUAUUCCAAGUCGCCUGACCCCAAGGCAGCCAGGAGUUCGAUAUCUAGAAGCGCAGACGACAGGCCAUCUACUCCCAGGAACUCAUGCGUCUACUGUAGAGGAGAAGAUCAUAUCAAGAGGGAUUGCCCGGACCUCAAACGGGCAAUAGAUGAGGCACUUGUCGUGCUUGACGACCGAAAGUACGUCAAGUGGGCAGAUGGUCUGGGAGAUGUAUUGAUGUUCCCUUCGAUGAAGGAGAAUGUCGAAGCAAGGAGAGUAAAACCGAGUAAAGAAAAGGAGCCGGUUAGGAGCCAGAGCAUCAAGAUAACCUUUGAGGGGGAUAUGGCGACCACACCCAUAAGGGUAGCAGCCACCACAUCGAAGAAGACUGACACGGAUUACGUGAUGGCGGAGAAGGACGGGCAGCGGGUCGAUGGAGAGGAGGUUAUCCUUUCGCCGCGAAAGCGGGGAGUAAAGAAGUUCUUAAUGAAGAUGCUCUAUUCUGGAGUACCUGAGGCGGCAUCGAAGCCGGCUCGUGAUGAGUUACAGAUGAUCACGCGGAAGACUCGCAUACCUCUAUCGGAGGAGGGUCGGGGGGCCCCUAAGGCGGAAGCUUCUACAAUAGCAGUAACGGGGGUGACUGCCAGAGCGGAUCGCAUGACGACAGUCCUUCUCGAUGGAAUGAAAGGUGUGCCUCCAGACAAGUUUUAUAUAUUUGGUAGCGGGGCCGUGGAGACGAUUAUAAACGAUGGAGCGGUACUCGAUGCUGUGAUCGAUAACGGCAGUGAGGCUGUCAUCAUAGACGAGGACCUGGCAGUACAGGUUGGACUGGGCCUCGAUAGGUCAUACCUAUUCGAGAUAGAGACGGCUGAUGGGAGAAAGCAACAGAUCACUGGGGUUUAUCACAAGGCAGCCAUAGAGGUCCAAGGGGUACGAGUGACCCUGCCUGUCUUUGCAAUCAAGAACUGCAGCUCCGACCUGCUCUUGGGUCGAACGUGGCUGAGCCACGUGCAUGCGGUGACGAUAGAGCGACCUGAUGGGAGCCAAACAUUGUCCAUUAAGAAGCCUGACGGAACACGGGUAAUGAUUGAGACAGUGGAGCCUCGGGACCCGAGGAACAGAGCAGCUCUCGCUGUCGAUGCAAGACCCAGUGAUCAGAUUAAGUCGUCACCUAUCUCCGGCCGCGCGGUGCGAUUUCGCGAGAAGAAAUAUGGACCAUUGCUCACAGAGGAAGAACGUCGGAUCGUGGAGGUGGAAGAUUUAGGGAGUCGGCUAAUAAAGGAGAAGAAUGAAGUUAUCGCUUUCCUGAAAGAAAAGAUGGUUUCCCACGUUGCGGAGCCGUCUGAUCGCGCUUAUGCUAAUCGAUGGUUCUUCCUACGAAAGCUGAAUGGCAAGAUCCGAUGGAUCCAGGACCUUCAGAAGGUCAACGAGGUGACGAUACGAGACGUGGGCUCCGUGCCACACGCCGAUUUACUGGCAGAAGGCGCCACAGCCGGAGCCUUACCGCAGUAGGUUGCAAUCUGGUGGGGUCAGCAGGUCCCCGACGUGUACAAAUAUUUAUAUGAAGUUCCCAGACCAAAGAAAAGAAAAAGGGUUUGGUAUCCCCUUCCUUUUAUCUGAGAAGUUGAGGAGACGCCUCACUCAGACCUGAGAAAGAAAACAAGGGUUUGGUAUCCCCAUUAGCUGCUCGAGAAG